UUACGAGGUGCAGGUGUCAGUGAGUGAUGUGACAGGCCCCUCAGUGGCCCUCAACAUCAGCGUGCACCUCCUGCACCUCAGCAAGCAGGAUGUGACGCAUGCCUUGCCUGUCGAGGUCGCGGUCACCUCAGCUCACCUCAUCAGCAAGGACGGCAACAAAAGCCUAUUGGACAGGCUUUUAGAAAAGCUGGAACUUUGGGCGAACGAUUUUACGAAUGAGGUUGAAAGUGCGGACUCGGAGGCAGCUCCAUGGAGCGUCAAGACCGUCUCCAUACAAGAGGUCUACAGAGAAGCUGGCUCCAAAUCUGGAGUCAGAGUUUGGUUGUCCAUUCCACCCACCACACAACCAAGCCUUGAGAUGUUGUUGUAUAGGAGCAGACAUAAGAUAGGCAGUGAGCUGAAGAUGGACGUGACAGCGAUAGGCGUGGGCAGUGUAGGCCUAUGUGCUAAGAACCUCGGUGGCUGUAAGUGCUGCUGUCAAGACAAGAUCAUCGUCGGUGAGAACUACGUGCUCGUGGACUCGAUCACAUCUGUCCACGUGGGUCCAACAGUACACGUGAUUCCUUAUUGCGGAUGUUCAAAGGAGAACAAAUUACUCCCAGCGGCUGGACACUCGAAUGAUUCACAGGCUAAUAAAAUUACCCCAAAUCCGCGACUCAAAAACGAGCAAAAUUUUGCGCCGGCCGCACACGCUGUCGUCGGUGAAGAACCUCCGCCUUCCUGCCGUCCUGAGUCCUGUCUUAAUGGGGGACGCUGUGUACCGGGACGUGAUUUGUCUGUACAGUGUAUAUGUCCUACGCAUACAUAUGGACCACGGUGCAAGAUAAUACAUAGGGAGUUCAACGUCUACGGGGCUCACGGGGAGCCUCCAAAUCUCAUUUCUUGGGCAUGGCUGCCGAGCCUGCCGACGUGUUCACAUUUGCAUAUCAGCCUGCACGUUCUCACCAAGAACCUGCACGGUCUGCUGCUCUACACCAGCAGUUCUGAUUUGAAGAAUUUGAAUAGUUUUUUGGCUUUGCAAAUAACCAACGGCAGGCCUCAGAUUAUGGUAAAAUUAGGUUCCAGUGGAUGGACGUCAACUGCAACGCUUAAUGUCACCGUACACGACAACACUUGGCACAGACUUGACCUGCUAUGGAGGAAUACCGACCCAUUACAGCUAGGAUGA